ACAAUAAAAUGUUAUUGAGAGUUUAGGAUUGAAAACACUUUAAAUAACAUACUUUUAAAAAUUUACAAUAGUUUUAAGAAUUCAACAAAGUUUCUUAUCAUAACAGUGAAUUUAUUUCGCUUCAGAUAAUUGAUAAUGUGGCAGUAAUGUCAAUAGUAGCUGCGCCACCUAUACUUAUAACGGCCAAACUAAACCUAACUUAGAUAAGAACCAUUAGGAAUAUCCAUCCGCUAGGUGUCAACCGCUGACCUAGUUCCCUCGCCUAGUAAAAAUAGCGGUCGACAAUAGCUCAAGCACUAUUUAUAGUGCGUAUCUAAAAAAUUCUCAAAUCACACACUGUUAUCUCGUUUUUUUUAAACAUCACUCGAAUACCGUCCGUUUGUCUGUCACGUCGUGGUUCGUAACGCGCAACUCACAAAAUCUACCUCCCAUAGGACGUAAGUGCCACGGUAAUCGAUAAAACCUCGCGCUACAGACAAUCCGUUGUUUUUCGUGUGAAAUACCAGUGCCCUUUUAGUUGCCGCUAGAGAUUUUAGUUUAGUAAACAAGGGAACAUGUUAUAUUAGUGUUUAAAAGUGUUAGUAACAAAAUGGAAAGUGUUAAAAGGUAUAUAAGGAGUGAGUCUGCGAGUUGCGCUCAUAUGGUUGAAGAAAGCGCUGCGAAUAACAGAAAGACGGCCGAUCCCCACGAGAAGCUGAAGGCGCUGCUGAACUCGCCCGAGGAUGACACGGACGACACCCUGCCGCCCUCAGACGCACCCAAGUUCGGGACCGUCAUACACAAUAGGAUCUUCGUGGGCGGGUUUUCCCUGACCACGACUGAUGAGGACCUGUGGAAGUUCUUCUCUGGCUUCGCGACAGUCACCGCCGCCAGGGUCAUCUACGACAGAGCCGGAGUCUCCAAGUGCUAUGGAUUCGUCACAUUCGCCAGCCCCAGGGUCGCGAGGCUGAUCGUCAAACAGAGCGGCGGCGUGAUGUUCUCCCCACUGGGACGCCUGCGAGUGGCGCAAGCUGUCAGGAAACAGAUGAGCCAGCUGCCAGUCCUGGGCACAGAGGCGGCCCCACUCCAGGCCCCACUGUGCUACCAGCUGCUGUGCGCGCCGCCACUCGCGCCGCUGCAACCGUGCGCGCCCUGCGAGCUGCCUCCGCCGCCGUAUGCGGUGUACCCUCUGCCAUUUGAUACCACUCCAGCAAUCUACGGGCCACCAGCGCAGUACGCGCUGGUCCCCGCUCCGUACAGCGCCCCGUGCUGCGAGCCGUCAUGCUGCGCCCCUCUCGACAAGCAGCCGCGAGUGCCGCCGCCCCCCCUGCACCCCGCCUUCAUCUACUAAACACACCCCCACACAUAUAUUGAAGGCAUUGAACAACAAACAAGGUACUGAAAUUGUAGACACAGCUAAAGAUGAAGAUAUAGCAAAACAAAUAGAUUUAGCUAACAAGCGACAUAUUCUGAAUAGUAAAAGCAAUAAUGAAGUAACCGAUACUUCGUAUAAAGUACAAGCUAUUGAUGUAAACAACGAUGAUAAAACAAUAAAGAGAAAUAAUUUAUUUAUAGGAAAUAGAGUCGAGUCUGGCAAUAACUGAAAACGUAGUAUAGGUGACGGAUCGUUUUAUUCAGAUCAAAUUGAUUGUGACUGACAUUAAGACGAUACCAGUGAGUGAGUACGGUUCAGUGUAUACGUGGAAGAUAUGAGCGAUAAGAAUGCAUUUCGUUACAAAGAUAAUGUACUUCACAAUCUGUUAUCAAAAUAAGUACUUCGUACCCGAGUCGUCGUACCUUGAAAUUCUAUUCACUGAUCAGGGAAACGUCUAAAACUCCUGUAAAACCUACGAUCAUAACACUUCUGUUAUGUAUUUUGCGAGUCCUGAUUUCAAUGUCUUUAAUAUAUCACCACCCAUCAGCCGCGAAGAAGGUUUAUUUACUCAUUCUUCAGCUUCUUCGUACCUGUGUAUUCCAUUUUAAUUGCUCAAGUCUUCCAAUCCAGUUCAUCUUCAUCUUCAAUACAUUACUCCUCUAUAAAGAUAACGAAUGUGAAUGUUUGUCUGUGACUAAUCAAUGGACAUCAAACAGAGAUGUGACAAGUGUUCAAGUUAGCUCUCGGGUUUGUUUAGAUUUCUGUGAAUGUCUGAUCGCUUUUAUUUAUAGACUUAAGAUAUUUAGCUUCAAACUGGUAUAUUUAAGAGUCCGUGGAUUCGCGUGCUAUCAUUAUUAUUAUAGUCUACUAUUGGUGUAUCAAAUUGGUGUUUCAACUUAAACUAGUCUAUCAGUCCAAAUAUAUUUUCUAUAUAUUCUAAGGGUUAAAGCUAUUUGAAUAUUUUAAAUUCUAUUUCACAGUCUCUCAUUUUGAAAGUUACUGAAGUUAUAUUUAAAACGAAUGACAAUAUCAUCCACAUACGUAUUAGUAUAGGCAAAGAAAGAUUAAAGCAGAAAUAUAGAUAAAUAAUAUUCUAUGAUUAUUUUAUUAGAAAAUAUAUAUUUGUCUGUUAAGAAAUCAUUUAUAUUGGAGCUGUAAUUAAUUGUUUCGAUUGUUAUGUGUGAGAGCUGCCAGCAACAUCAAUUUGAUACAUGAUCAUAAUAAUGAUCAUUGUUAGUGUUGAAACGCCAACGAUUUGUUCUGGUGCGGAUAUAUUUGAUGUUAGAUACAGGAAGAUUGCCAUCUACAUUGGAUCACCAUUGCAAAUCAUCUUUGCUGUUAAUAUGUCCUAGAGCAAAAAUAUAGAACAAUGGAAACUAAAAUGAGGAUUGAAUCUUGCUAGUUAGAUUAAAACCUAACUUGAAAACUUUUCGCGUUAGUUUCUAGAAGUCAGUAUUUUCUAGAACCUAGCUAUGAAAAAGGGUUGCUUUGAAUGUGUUAUCUCUGUAUAUCCGCACUCGAGUCAGUGUUUCAACACACAGUUCUAUGAUACAAAUGUGCGUUAUAAGCACAACGAAUUAAGCACAAAAUUGAUUAGUUGCUAGUUAUUAGGUGACGUUACCUCUAAUAAAAGACAGAUUUGUUAUUGCUUGUUAUCCUUUAAAAGGAUUUUUAUUUAUCCUUAGUAUAAGAUUGUUUUUGGAAUCCCAAUGUUGGUACACAGGCGUCUUGAAGCUGGAAACAAGGCAAAGAAUUUGCUAGAUUACGAUUUGUUAAGUAAUCAUAAUGUUUAAAAAGCAGUUGGUUAUCAUAAGUUGGUGGUACAGCCAGCUGUCGACAGCGCUCGUGUGGAAUAUAUAGAAAUGGAGAUAGUUAGUGAUGUAUUUAGAGAUCUUGGUGUUCGGCUGCUUUUGCCUAUUUAACGAGGGACCUAGUUUGAAGAUAAUAAUAGUACUUUUAGAGACAGAUUUUAGUUCAGCUUUAAGACGCCUGUGCCAUCCGAAACUUAGAACAGAGAUAACAAAAAUAUUUUUUAAUAUUAUUUAGUUUUUACAUGUUGCUGUUGAAAUAAACUGGGGUCCAAGAUGUGAUAGCGAAAUGUGAAAUCCAAAAUUGAUGUUAAGUUUUGGAAAUCACAUUCCUAAACCCGUUAUUGUUGUGUUGGUAAUAAUGAACAUAAACUCAGUUUUUGUGCACACAUUAACAUUGCAAAUCUAGGUGGUCGGGUGGGUGCGGUUAAGUGUAGUAAUGAAAUUGAGAGAAAUCAAGUUAAUAUAAAUAAUGAUAAUCUUAUCUCACCUGAUCAUGUUAGUGAUGCGAUCACAGAUAAAUGUUAUUUUUAAAAUGUUAACAUUGAUAGAACAGCAAUUUACUCUGUUCUUUGCAAAGUGAUUUACAAUAGCCUUAACGAAUCCAUAGAGCAAUAAAACAAGCCAAGUAUGUGAUAUGGGAUUUUUGAUUAAAGAUAGCAAUAGUUUUAAUUUAGUGUCAUUAGGAGUAGAUUCCUGACCGUCAUUUCUUUGUAGCCCGUUGCAUCAUAGUAAAUAAUAAAUGUUAAAGAAUUUAAAAAAAUCUAAAAAUAUAUCUUGCACUUGAUGUUUUCGGUAAAACGCGAGAUACAUAAUUGUAAUUAAGUCUUAUCGCGUUCGUACCUAUUUGUGUAGUUGACACUGAUAAGCGAGAUUUCUUUCUGAUGCAAUCGGGUCUCACCUAGUACCAGAAUACAAAUAGGACCAAACAAUGAUUCCCCUUAAACCAGAAUUGUGCAAUGAAUUCCCAUCUGUAUAGUUAAAUAUAUCAAAUUUCUAAUACGUAAAUUGUUGUAAUAUUAAUAAUCAUUUUGAUAUUCUAUUCUAUCACUUUUAUGGCUACUAGUUGUGUGAUGCUGUUGUGAAUGAAUUUGCUUGCUUUAUUUUGAUCUGUUUCUUAUCUAUUUCUUUGUUAAUCUCCCAUGCUUUCGACUUUAUUUACUCUAUAUUUUGAAUAUCUUUAUUUAUAUUGAUCUAUGUUUCCAUUUAUUUUACGAGAUGUCUAAUAUCAGUUUCUUGGUUUAUUAUGCCACGUUGUUCACUGGUUAUAAUAAAACUCACUGCCAUUCGCUAUAGUUUCAGCAAGUUCAUUCACUUGAGCACUUUCGGUGUGAUCUUCUGCCUAUAGUUGUAAGGCUUUUAUCUCAAUUACUAUUGUACAUCAUAAUAUACGAUUAGUAUUACUGGAAAUGCUGUCAAUUUAUCGUCUUGGAUUUUUACAAUAUAUGUAUUUAUUGUUAGUGUUAAGUGUAGUACUUAAUGCGAUGCUUCGCUCAAUAUCAUUUACGUCUUCUUGUGGGCUUAUCGUGGACUUUAGUUCCUUGUGUAUGUGUUAUCUCAGGACUAAGAGUAAAGUGUUUAUCUAAUGUUAUAUCUGUGUGUUCUCAUUCUGAUUCACGUGUUGUAAGCUGUGGAAUUUCGGUUUGGUCGAAAACAUUUUGAGAAAUAAACCCAUACAACUGAAGAGAAUAGAAGUUUCUUGUGGUUGAAAGAAGUUUUCGUGAAUUAGAAUGAGUAACAUACUGUCGGUGUUGUAAUGUUUGAGUACAAGGUAUCUAUAUCCAGAUUAAUGUUAGAGUCUCACGAAUCUGUAUCACUUGUCAUGGCUUCCACUGUUUUUGACGUCAAUUCGGAAGCGAAAUCAUUUCUUGACAGGCUGUGUUUACCGAUUCGAAAUAUUCAAGAAUAUCGGAAUAUUCUUAUCUUCAGCCUAGUCAGAUACUGUAACUUUCGAAUGUACGUCAUAACCAGUCACCACAAACAUUAAGUGGCCUAGUAACUUACUGCCUAACAUAUCGGAUUACGAAUCACUACGCUAAAGUUAGUUAUUUUUUUUAUAUCUGUAUAUAAUCUCUCGUUAGGUGGAUGUAGUUGUAUGGACGAAUGUAAUUUAGACAAUAUUAAUGUAAAAUAGGAUAGAAAGAGAGAAGUGUAUUUAUUGAGAUUGUCACUUAUUUUAGAAUCGGCUUCGUAUUGUGGAUUGUCUUUAAUAACACUGGCUUGUUUCUUAAAUAUGUUUCCAUCAAGAACUUCAACCUUUUUUUAGAUACUUGCUAGUCUUAUUUAUUUUUCUAAAUUGUAAGUUGAAAAUAAUAAAACAUGUUUAUUCACAUCAUCUUCUCGAGAUCACAGUAACCAAUCAAAAAAUAUCUUCGAUAUUCCAGCAAAUAUCUAAAUGAGAAAAAAUACCCGAUGUUUUGAAAUUUCUGUAUCAUUAUGUGCCCUGCUUAAGCCAGUGUUGUCAAAGACUUGUAUGUCGCCAUGUAAACCUUAGUUAUAAUUAUCAUUGGUCGGAAAGCUGUCGAUAGCCGUAGCGACACUCGCAUCAUUGAAAUUCUCAUUGUUCUUCUUAUCUUCUUUAAAUUCACUUACAAAAUAUAACAAUUUCUUGUUAUUUAUUUGGUACACGAGAUUAAUGUUGUUGAAAAUCUAAAAUGAUAUUAGGGGCAAUUCACACUGAAAGAAAACAUCACGUGGCAAAUAUGUGAAAACAAAAUUCACGGUCGUUCAAGGCAUAGGAUAACGGCAACGGAUAGCCGAGUAGUUCAAGUCACCUCGCCAGACCCAUAGUGAAACCCCCGCGACACGAGGAUUAAAGUUCUUAGUGCGGUAGUCACUUUUUUUUUCAGGAAAUAAAGUGACAGCAAGGCCCCGCGGCGCUGCAAACUCAGUUACUCGAUCUUACGACUGCUUCUCUUUCAGUGAGGACUGACCCUUAAUAUUCAAUAUUGAUAUUUGACUUGGCCCAAAAAUUGAAGGACUGUUCAGUUCGUCUCAGGUUAGCAAGAGAAACAUUGACUAAGACAAAAUUAAAACAGAAAUUGAGCCCCUGAAUUAAAAAAUUCCCUACCAAGAUUUUAUAACAUCUUAAAAAGAAAACUAAAACGUCUAAGAAUAUUUGACCAAUUUAUUGAAGAAUGUGAAAUGUUUCAAGGCAGUCUAUAAUCUUAAACGAUUUACGUUAAAAGAAUAUUUUAUUCAAAAAUCCGCUCUAGAGGAAUUUCAGCCAACAAAUUCUUCAGCAUGAAUUCCGUUAUUUUCGUUACACUUACUGGAGGGCAGAGGGUUAUCUCUUCCUCCGUGUCCACAUCAUUGACUCAUGACAUACAGGGACGAUGACAAUACAGUUGUUUUGGUUGUAGUUACUUUUAGAAAGUCCUCGUUCGAUGGAUCGUUGCGUCCACUUAUCAUUUGCUUAAGCGAUUAGUCACGAUUAGGUUAAUGCUAAUGUAAGUCUUCGAUAGCUCGAACACGCAAAUUUUGUCGGUUUCCUUUCUUUGCUCUGCUUGGAUUAAAGGGUUUAUUUUUUUAUUGGUCCUGUAUUCACUUGUACUGAUUGUAGUGCACUGCACGACAGUUUAUUUUUAGUUUGGUGAUUGAUAAAUUUAUCAGUUUCUAGUGUAUUUGUUUCUUUUACAAUUGUGUACCUAUUCAUGUCUGACAGUUGUAUUGUCAUUUGGGUUUAGUUUUCUUGUUUUAAUUUUCUUUGACCAAAAUCUGCGUACUCGAGCAAAAAAACAAAUAAUCUACUUCUAAAAGCUCUCGAUGUUAACAAAAACAGAAAUCUACAAAAAAAAUAUAAAAAUAAAAUAAAACGAAAUAAUCGUAAAUUUUCUCGAAUCCAAUGUCCGCAGUGUAAUGCUUGUAACAUAAGUAUAAUUACAAUUAGUGGUCGUUUAAGGAUUGUCCAGAAACAAGGCAUCUGUGAACAUUUUGUUGUUUUUGUCCAAUUUUCGAAUUGUAUUGAUGUUGGUUCGCUACAGUGGUGUGAUGACGGAACCUAGUAAGACUGUUCAAGUCAUAAUCGUUCGAAAAUGGAACUAAAUCUCGCGAAUUUAGACGUUAUCACAUUAUCUUUAGAUAUAUUUUUCUUUGUAUAUUGUAUCCUGGCCUUGCUUGAGGUCAGAUUAUCUCGAUUUCGAUGAAGAUAUUUGCGAAUUUAAAUUAGCAAAGGCUAGUAAAGGGAAUUUUGGAAUUGGGAACUAUCGUUGGAGACUGACCGAAAAUAAGAUUUGAGACUGAACACUUAACGGA